AUGGACAAGCUACCGGAAGAGAUUCUGAUUGAGAUACUCGACUACCUCGACCCUGAAGAACUUGUCUCCAUCCAACUCACAUGUUCCACCUUGUCCAAGUUGGCACGUGCCAACCCUCUGUGGAGGCACAAAUGCUUCGAAAAGUCUCCGAGUGCCUCCAUGAGGGCCACGAACAGUAUCCUAAAUACCCUCACUAGUGCUUUGCAAGGUCUGACUCUAUCAGAGCGCCCUAGUCGAUCUCGCGAGUCUCCUUCAAACGGCCAUGUGCCGGAACGCAUAGGAGAAAGCGCCCGGGCCCGGGCUGUCAAUCAGUGGGAUCUCUCCGCCGCAGGGGAAAGGGUGGACUGGUACUCGGAGUAUAAGUCUCGACAUGCUCCCCUGAGUGUUGACUGGCUCAUCGACGACCCCACAAGACACCUCGAGAUCAGAGGUGUUGCUUCGCUCGGCACAACGGAUGCGACCCUGGGCUACCUGGAGGACGGCAGCGUUUGUAUCUGGGAUCUCAGUCGAGGUGCCUCGGGAAGGAGGAAAUUUCGAGAGCUGGGACGGAGCAAACCAUCAAUACUGUUCGCCGACACCAAUCAGCCAAGCGAGACGCUGGUGGUGGAUUGUGUGAGCACCUUCCCGUCACAGCAAAAGGCUUUCGUCGCCGUGGGCGAUGUGUUGAAUGAGAUCGAUCUUAACACUCUAUCUGUGGUAUCACACGCGAAGUAUCCCUUCCAGAUCACUGCCCUGUCGCAGUCAGCCUAUCCCGACCUGCCCCUGACAGUUGGCACUCAGUGGAGCCUCCAUAUCGUCGACCCUCGAAUCCCCGUCAGUCCGACUUCUCAGUCUUCCCAUGAGCGGACAGACGAAGUGACCUGUACACCGGGAAGCUCGACGGCAAUCCUGCCCGACAUGUCAGGAGAUGCGUCAAUGCUACCUGCCAUCUUCGGCACGUCGCCCCCCUCAUCGUCUAUUGCUGGACCUUCGACACGUUCUUCUGGGUCACCCAGUUGGCGCCCUUCCCAUCGUUUGCAGAAUCCUCAAUGGAUGGGCUAUGCCCGCGUCGAGCCUGGACCGCUGUCGAUUCUACACCACGCCGAGAAUGAAAUUCUCAUUUGUGGAAGAUUCCCCAGUAUAUUAUCCUACGAUCGCCGAUAUUUCCCCCGUCUUCAAUAUGUCAUCCAUUCAAGCGCGAGUCUCUCAUCUCUGACCUCGAUACCCUACCCACCAGCCGGGGCAUCUCCCAAUGUAACAGGCGACGCCACUCUCGUGGCCUGCGGCGAAUACAGGGGUCGUGGUUCUCUGGAGCUCUACUCCCUGCCUCACGUCAAGCCCGGACAAAGACAAUCCAAACAGGACAUCUCGACCAGCUCCAGCCCCUCCGAGGAAGACGACGAGCUAGACAUCAGCCGGAAUCGCAACCUGACUUCCUCCGACGGGCUCUUUAGCUACAAAAACCGCCAGGACGCGGCGAAAUCGAAGCUCCUCUCCGUGGCGUCGCAGGGGACUAAGAUUGUCUUCUCCGACUCCGAGGGCGGCCUGAAAUGGGUCGAGCGGGACGGCCACAGCCUCGUGCGCCGGUGGAACAUCAACGGGUAUCAGAUGGGCAACGGCGGCGCCGUCGCGGCGACCUCAGCGUCCGUCCACGGCGACGCGGUCGCACGUAAGAUCGUACCGUUGACGGCGGUGUCGGCCUCGGAGCGCGGCGACCGCGGUGACGCCGACCUGCUCGUGUGGACGGGCGAGAAGAUCGGCAUCGUCACCUCGGACCCGCAAUUCCUGGACCACGAGGAGAUGGUGCGCGAGAUCGAGGGAGGGGACGACGUCGAGGAGAAGAGGCGGCAGGCGGAGCGCGAGAAGGAGGAAGAGUACUCCAAGACCAUGCGCCGCGCCCUCGAGAGGCAGGCCGACGAGAGGCGGUGGAUGAGCCAAUUCAGACUGAAGAGGAGAGAUUAUUUCUGA